GCCGCCGCCGUUGCCGGGAUGCCGCGGGUGUACAUCGGCCGCCUGAGCUACCAGGCCCGCGAGCGCGACGUGGAGCGCUUCUUUAAGGGCUACGGGAAGAUCCUGGAGGUGGAUCUGAAGAACGGGCAUGGCCAUCCCCAAAAUACAGCAGAGGGUGUGACAUCUUUAACCAAAACCAAAUGGCUGGAGAUAGCUCAAAGGAUUGGAGUGCAUUCUUUAUAUGCGGGAUCCGUUUCCCAGCAACACAUGGUUCCCUAAUCAACACCAAAUGUGGCCCAAGAUCUAAUGGGCUGGGGAGAUACUACAGAGUCUGUUAUGUUCUGAACCCACACAUGUUUUCGGAAGGACCAGAUGGCUGACACUGGCUUAUGGGAACCAAAAGACGAGUGAAAGUAACCUGAUUGUCAUUUACCCCAGGCUUAGAGGUGCUUCACCCUGCCCCAAGAUCAAUUUAUUUUUUCUCUGGAGAUCUAGCCCACAUAGAAAUAAAUAAAUAAAUAAAUAAAUACACUUUAACACAGCUUGGCUUGCCUGAUAUGAGAUUACCAGGUGAAGCAGCAACCUUUGUUAAAUGGGAAGGACUGUACUCAGGAUUGUGGGAAAGAAGAAGGGUGGGGAAAGAUCAAGUGCAGACUGAGCUGUGGCCAACGUUUGCAGACCAGGAAUCCACACUAGCUCUAAUCAGAGAGCUCUUGGUGUGCGGGAACUACCAGUUUGCCGACGUGAAAAGAGCCCCAGACUGGGUACUGGUGAGCCCUGAAGUCGCACCCCAGCUCUGCCACUCAGUGAGCACGGGUAAGUCAUCCACCUUCUUCGGGUGGCCUUGAUGGCCCUCCCUCCUCUGAGGCUAAAGAAAGGUAGGCCAGAUGCCCAGAGCAGCCUCCUUCCUGUCUCAGGAUAGGAAAGGAUCUUAGGGACCUAUUUCAUGGGGUAGGAGCUCCUAUCCGCUGGUUAUAAACAACCCUCUGUUAAGGGGAAAGUCAAAUCACAACUACGAUCAGUGACCCAAAGCAGUGGAUGUGAUUGGUUAACUCUACUUUUGGUUAACUCUACUGCUUCCCUGGAAUGUGGACCUUUGGAAUCAGGGGAAGUUAUGCUGAUUCUGACUCAUAAGCCUUUCUCUGAGUUGGCCUCAUCUGAGCUUUAGGCAGUUAAUGCACAAGUGUCUUUCUGCUAUUUCUAAGCACUUUAUGCAGACAAGAUUUACCUUUUUUUAAAUUUCUAUCCUGUCAAUGUGUCCUAGAUUUUUUUUUUAACCUCAUAACACUAAAUUGUCUGAAGCAUAGGACCUACACUGAGUUCUUUGAAAAAAAGGCUGUUUGAUUCCUGUUCACUGAAUGCCAUUUCUUUCAGGGUAGACUUAAGGGCUGUGCCCUAAAGUACCGUGCUAUUGAACCUAGUUUGAGGGUUCAAGUCACCCCAUGGGUUAACUUCAACAGAUGAAAAUUUUUCCUUGGCUACAGCAACAUCCCUAAUCCUGACCAGCCAUGGAGAGGUUCGGUUCUUACAAGGAAAAUGAGUGAAUGUGGGAAUGGCUCACCACAUUGGGAAAACAAAACUCACAUCCUGCUGAUGGUUGGCUGAGGACUCUCGUGCCCACAUACAAAGAAAAAGCAUGUGGCACAGUUUUAGGACAAAGAUAUGGUUUUGUGGAGUUCGAUGAUCUGCGUGAUGCAGAUGAUGCUGUUUAUGAACUGAAUGGCAAAGAUCUUUGUGGUGAGCGAGUAAUUGUUGAGCAUGCCCGCGGCCCACGUCGAGAUGGCAGUUACGGUUCUGGACGCAGUGGAUAUGGUUAUAGAAGAAGUGGCCGAGAUAAAUAUGGCCCACCUACCCGUACAGAAUACAGACUUAUUGUGGAGAAUUUGUCAAGUCGAUGCAGCUGGCAAGACCUAAAGGACUAUAUGCGUCAGGCAGGAGAAGUGACCUAUGCAGAUGCUCACAAGGGACGCAAAAAUGAAGGGGUGAUUGAAUUUGUGUCUUACUCUGAUAUGAAAAGAGCUUUGGAAAAGUUAGAUGGAACUGAAGUCAACGGCAGAAAAAUCAGACUAGUGGAAGACAAGCCGGGUUCUAGACGCCGUCGGUCCUAUUCCCGGAGCCGGAGUCAUUCUAGGUCUCGAUCUCGAAGUAGGCAUUCUCGUAAGAGCAGAAGCCGAAGUGGCAGCAGCAAGAGCAGUCGUUCCAAGAGUAGAUCCCGGUCCAGGUCUUCCCGGAGCAAGAGCCGUAGCCGCAGCCCAAGCCGCAGCCGAAGCAAGAAGGAAAAAAGCAGGAGCCCCAGCAAGGGCAAGAGCCGCAGCCGCAGUCACAGUGCAGACAAGCACCACAGCAAGAGUAAAGGCCAGGCUGAAGAGAAGAUUCAGAACAGUGAUAAUAUCAGGAAAAACAAUCGGAGUCCCAGUAGACAAAAAAGCAAGAGUAAAAGCAAAAGCAGGAGCCCAGAAAGGAGAAUGGAGUUGGAGAAGCGAGGGAGCAGGAGCAGGAGCCAGGAGAAGAGUCGGAGUGAGGAGAAGGGCCCCCGCAAGAGCAGAAGCAGGAGCAAAGGAGGAAGUAGGAGUAGGAGUCGUAGCAAAAGCAGGGACAAGAGGAAAGGAAGGAAGCGAAGCCACGAGGAAAGCCGCAGCCGAAGCCGCAGCCACAGCAAGAGCGAGAGGAGCAGAAAACGCAGCAGCAAGCGAGAUAGCAAGUCAGGUGGUAGCAGCAGCAGCAAGAAAAGGAAGAAGGAAGACACAGAUCGCUCCCAGUCCAGAUCCCGGUCCCGCUCAGUGUCAAAGGAGCCGGACCGUGUCAAGGUAGAGUCCGGCCCGAGGGAAGGUCAGGGCGAAAGUGAGAAUACUGGCACUGCUGGCACUAAUCAGGAGACCCGGUCCAGGUCAAGGUCCAAUUCCAAAUCAAAACCCAACCCUCCCUCAGAAUCACGCUCCAGAUCAAAGUCGGCUUCAAAAACCCAAUCUCAGUCCAAGUCUAGAUCCAGGUCUGCAUCCAGAUCCCCCUCCCGAUCUAGAUCCAGGUCCCACUCGAGGUCCUAACUGACUACAACCACAGUGGGAACAACUCGAGAAGUCUUUUGUACAUGUUUGGUAGCCGUAGCACAAGUGAUUGAAGUAUGUCACUGCUGUACAUUUUUAAUUCCCCUAAUGGUGUGUCUACAACUGUUAAAAUCUAAGUGCUUCCUCUUCGUCAAGCUUCCUGGCACCAGGCCUGCCUGCUCGACUGAAAACCCCCUUUACUCAUGGCCCACAGUAGAAUAUCCAAAAUGCCUGGUCUUUCAAACCUGGCGUCCUACAGGGAGCUCAAGUCCUGGACAGCUUUAAGGCUGGAAUGGUGACAUAGGUAGGUAUGGUGAGUUAAACCAUUUUUGCCCUUGAAUUGAUGUAUGCCAUUUAGUAAAAGUGCUAAGUCUUAAAUUUCCAAUCCGUUUGGUUUCAUAUUUUGGAACCUAACAAAGUUGUGAAUAGCACAGUCUAGGAAAAAUUAUACCGGCAGUAACUCUUAGGAAAUAAACUGUAGAAUUCCAUAUUCUGGUAUUGUGAUUAUAUUGUUUUAUAUUAAAAAAGAAAAGGUUUUUUAUUUUUAUUUUUUCCCGUCUUGCAAAGUAUAGUGACCCCUGUUUCCAUUAAAUUUGAAUAAAGACUAUUUUUGCUUGACAA